AUGGCGGCGCCCAGCGGCGCCAUGAGCGAUUCGGAAAGUAGUAGCAGCAGCAGCGAUGGGGAGGAGUUGGCGCGAUGCCGCGAGGCAGCGAUGCCGGCCUGGGGCUUGGAGCAGCACCCACGAGGAGCAGAGAAACCAAGAGCCGAUGCUACAGGAAACCAGCUGCCACCGUCUCAGCCGAGCCUCAGGCUGAAGGUAGACGAGCAUGACCAAGAUGGCAAUGAGCUUCAGACCACCCCUGAGUUCCGAGCCCAUGUAGCCAAGAAGCUGAGAGCCCUGCUGGACAGCUCCAUUACCAUCUCAGAAGUAGUGAAGGAGCCAAGGAAAGAGGAGGAGCGAGACAUGGCCUCGGAGGAUGAUGGCUUCCGCCUCUUCUUCACAUCCAUCCCCGGAGGUCCUGAGGAGGAAACGCCUCCCCAACCCCACCAAAAGCGACGGCCCUCCAGCUCCAGCAGCGAGGACAGUGACGAGGAAUGGCAGCGGUGCCGGGAGGCAGCUGUGUCAGCUUCUGACAUUCUCCAGGAGUCAGCCAUCCAUGUGCCUGUCAAGGUGGAAAAGGAGGCCAAGAAGAAGAAAAGGAAGUUGAAAAAGAAAGCCAAGACAGUGGCUGACCUUGACUUGGCCAUAGCCACUACCCCCACCAGCAAGGCCACAGUCCAGAAGCAGGACAAGGAGUCAGGCAGGAUCAAUGGGGACCAGGUUUCACUUGGGACCAAAAAGAAGAAAAGGAAAAAAAAGGCCAAGAACGCCAGUGAGGCUUCCCCAUGCUCACCAGCAAAGAGUGCAGCAGCCAUGCCUACAAACUGACCCCAGACUGUGGGCACCGGGCCCUACCAGUUCAAAGGCAAGGUACCCGUGGGGACAAAGCAUUUCCAAGCCCCGCCUCCCUCCACGUUCAAGCACCUGGCUGGCAAGUCCACACAAAGAAGUGGCUGUAGGCUGAGCAAGGCCUGCCUCACUGGGUUCCAUGAGCCAGGAAGACCUGUGGUUUGAGGACAUUCCAUGGCCCCAGGAAGGGUCUUCCAGAUACUCAAGACUAAAGGCCAAGUGGUAAAGCUAUCUCCCAACACUGUCUGAGGUGAGCAAGUACAGGGAGACCUCCCUCCCCUACCUUCUCUGCCUGGUGUGGGAAACAGUCUUUAGGAAAGGAGGAAAGGGUCCCCAAGAUGCUGAGGGCCAGAAAAACUUCUGCACUUCUCCCCCUAGGCCAUCUGGACUUGAUAAAGCAUUGCCUGGGAAAAGAGAGAUUUCCCACACACAAACCCCAGUUUUUUGGAAUUUUCUUUCUCCACAUUUGUGAAUGUGCUGUGCACAAUAAUGUCUCUGAGUCAAUUAACUUAUCAAAAAUAAAUUGUCAGUGGGCUGGGAUGUAGCUCAGUGGUAGAGCACAUCCUUAAAAUGCACGAGGCCCUGGGUUCCAUCCAUAGCACCAGAGAAGGAAAAAAGGGAAGAAAAUUGUCGAGUGACCCAAAACUGAGAGUGACUUAGGUGCUACCUUCCUGUCAGUGCUGAAUCUCCUUUUUUGUUUUGGUUUGGUGUUUGGUGGUGCUAGGGAUUGAACUCAGAGCCUCACAUGAGUACUUGAGCCACGCUCCCAGUCCUUUUGUUUUUAGUUUGUUUUUCAGAUAGUCCUGUGCUUUUUCCAGAUUGGCUUCAGACUGCAGUCCUACCUCCACCUUCUGAGUACAAAUGUACACCACACACCAGAGACAAGUUCUCACUGUGUAGCUCAGGCUGGCCUUGAACUUGAAAUUCUCCUGCCUCAGCGUCCCUAGUACUGAUUACAGGCAGGCAUCAUCGAUGCUGAAUCUUCAGACAUUUUAAAUAACUAUCACUUUAUGUAGGGUCCUCUUGCCCAGACUCCCCAAGAUACGUUCCUUCACUCUAGCUUCAAGCCAGGAAGUGUUACAACAUUAGGGCUAGGUUUCAUGCAGCAAGGGAUAAAAGCUCACGGUUAAUGUAAAAUUCUGGUGCCAUCACCUCACCUCAGUUUCACCAGAGCAAGAGAAACUGGUGGGUGUGGGCAGGUGUCGCUGGAGCCUGUCUCAGCCCCUCAGGCCCCUUGCCCACCUCAGCCUCCCGCUGCCUGCCCAACCCCCAUCUGAAUCACUCCUGGACAAGCAGAACAUUUGCUUACAUCUCUCACAGACUUUACUAAAAGUUAAAUAAAUGUAGAAGCUCGCCCAUAAGCUGGGUGCAAGCUGCAGGGGGCGCUGGUUCUCCCCAGGAUCCUUCCUCAAGCCUUGGUGGAUGGGCCUGCUAAGGUCCAAGUUGUUUGCAGCAGGCCAAAGGAGAUGAGAUCAUGCGUGUCCUGGGUUCACACAGCUGCUUUGUCCCUCCCAGUGGUGAUCAGGAUCUCGGACUUCUCAAAGUGGCAGGUGGCUGCCAACUGCCUGAGCCCAAUCCCUUAGCCAGGAGACUCUGCUCUGACCAUCAUUCCAGGUCAUUCACGAGGCGCCCCUCUGCCAGUCUCACCACUGCUCUCCCACCUCAGCUCUGCCAGCUGCUCAGGCUUUGCAGCCUUUUGAGCUCAGUGACUUACAGAUACACAUACAAAGGAAGCGUGCAGGUCCUGAGGCUGGAGGAGCUGUUGCCCUGGGACCAGGGCUUGGCAUUAGUCACCAGUCACCUUCAGGAGCAAGGACCAUUUCUUAGCCCUGCAGUGGCCUUUCUAGAAGAGGCAAGCACCAGAAGGCAUGAUGGUCAAGGAAAUGAGUGACCAGGAAAACGUGAUCCUGGGGCCAGGAAGGGGUGGCUCAGGACAAGGGAGACGGGAGAACUUUGCUGCCUUACUGUUAGUCUCCCCCACAGCCUGGGAGUCUAAACACCUGGCCUUGGCACAGAGCAGCCACUCAGGAAAUGCCCAGGUGACAGGAGUAUGCACAAGUGGAUAUGUGGCUCACCAGCUAGAAGGAGCUGAGUGGCCUGGUGGGUACAUAGGUGACAGAAGGCAACUGUGUUGACCUAGGGCCUCUCAGCUCAGCAAGUCACAGCUACCCAGGCUAGUGUUGUGAGAAGUGUGACUGCUGGAAAUCCUUUGAGGCCCCAAGGCUCUGCAGGUCCA